GACAACUUGAUUGUGAGUCCUUUUUUCAUAGGAGUUUUGGUGUUUGUGAAUUUUGUAAAAUUGGCCCCAUCCUACAUGGGAUUAAUGUCUGAAUUUUUUAUUUGUUUGGUUAGGAUUUCCAACACACAGUCUCACCAAGUUGCUGCGAGGAAGGAGAGACAGAUGGAAACAUUGAGGGCUGCUCUAGGAAUUCAGUCAACCGAUCCCAACAAAGAUGUUGCUGAUUUGAGUGAUGUUGGACCAUUUGCUGGUGGGAAGAAUGAUGGGAGUAAGUGGAUUAAGAAACCGGAACAUGCCUUCCUGGAUAGAGAUUUUAAAUUGAAGAAAGAUGCUGCAGAAGAUCUGGACAUUGACAAGAGGGCAGCUGGUGCUGCAAAAAGUAGGAAGAAAGUAGAGGAAGCUGAUGAAGCGGGACAAGAUAGAAGGGCACAAGCCAAGAGAAAGAAGCGUCAUCAUGGUUCAGAAUCUGAUAUUAGUAGCAAUGCGGAGGAGGGUGAAGUGACUCGAGGGAAGCAUCGCAAAGUUAGACGCGGUAGUAGUGAUGCCGACAGUGAUUCAGAUUAUGGCAAGAAGAACCGAGUUUCAAAGAAGCAUCGCAAGGGCAGAAGACAUCGAAAAGACAGCGAUGAUUCUGAUUCUGGCCAUGAUACUGAAUCUGAUGAUGGGAAGAAAAAAAAUUCAGAUUACGCUGACAGUGAUUCAGAUUAUGGCAAGAAGAACCGAGUUUCAAAGAAGCAUCGCAAGGGCAGAAGACAUCGAAAAGACAGCUAUGAUUCUGAAUCUGGCCAUGAUACUGACUCUGAUGAUGGGAGAAAAAAAAUUUCAGACAAGCACACUACCGGCAAGCAUGGCCGGAAGAGGGAUGGCUCAUCAUAUGAUGAUGACACUGAUUCAGACAAUGCCAAGAAGAAGAAAAAGCCAAAGAAGAAUGGUAUCCCGAGGAAGCCCAAGAAAAUUAGAAGUGGCAGUGAAAGUGAUGAUUCUUCUGCUGAUGACAGUGAGGGUGAUGAUGGGAAGAAUAAUCCAAAAGUUCAAUCAGAGAAAAGAAGAAAAUCUCAGAGGCGGCAUGACAUUGUCUCUGAUUCUGAUUCUGAUUUUGAAUCUGAGCCAUCCAGACAUAGACUUGGGGAGACAAGACAACAUGCCAAAACAAGAAGGCGACCUGACUCUGAUGCUGAUGUUUCGGCUAAGAGGAAAAACACCCUUAAAGCGCUCAAAGGUUCUAGUGAUGGGAACCAAAGAAGGGAAAAGAAAAUUUUAGGUGCAGGAGUCCAUUUGAAGAACCAAGACUCUGACGUGGACAAUGAAUCAGGUCCGGAGAAAUAUAUUGAACGCAGAAGGGAAUCAGCUAAGAAUGGUGAUAGAGAACACAGAAGGGAAUCAACUAAAAAUGGUGCUGAUUAUGACUCUGCAAGUGAUGGGUCUGAUGACAAAAAAGUGAGGACGAAGAACAAUGAGAAGCAUUUUGAUGGAAUGAGAGAAGGGAAGCGAGAUCUGGAUCUUGGAAAGCAGACUGUUCGGAGAGAAACUGGCCGUGGUAAAAAAGAUAAUACUGUUGAAGAAGAAUUGGAUAGUAAAUUGUACCGGGAUAAGGAUGACUUUGGUCAUGAUCGUUACUCUAGGUCGCUUAAGUCCAGGGAUGGUAUCUCUGAGAAGGUUGGGGAUGCAGAGAGAACAGAGUAUAAGGGUGACGAAUCUCCAUAUGGAAGUCAAAGCCGCCAACGAUAUCGUGAAGGACAUGGGAGGGAGAAUAAGGGCUAUAGGGAAGAGCGGGAUAGGUAUAAAAAAGACUCCAAGGAAGAAUGGGGGAGGGACAGAAGCCACACCAGAGAGGAGCGGGAAAGUGACCAAGAUAUCGUUAGGAAAGAGCUUGGAAGGGACGAUUGGAAUGCUAGGGAAGAACGUGGAAGAGACAAGCAGGAUCCUAGAGAAGAGCAUCUAAGUGGCAGAAGGGACUUCGGAGAGGAACAUGGAAGAGAAAAAAGGGAUUUCAUGAAAGAGCAUGGGAGUGGCAAAAGGGGUGCGAGAGAAGAUCGUCAAAGUGAUAAAAGGGACAUUAGGGAAGAACGUGGAAGAGACACUAGGGAAAAUUGUGACAGCAGAGACAUUAGGGAAGAACGUGGAAGGGACAAGAGGCAUGCUGGGAAGGAAGAAGAUGGUCAUAGAACUAGAAGGAAUGAUAAAGUUGAGCAAGAUGGUGAAAAACGAAAAAGCUUUACUGACAAUGAUGAUGUUCAAAAGCAUGGAACUCGGUGGCAGGAAAGGGAGGAAGAAGGCCAGCAACAAAGUAAAGAUGAUCGGGUGGUUUCCUCCAAGAGAGCCAGAUAUGUCGAUGACCCACAUCAUGAAUACGACAGACGCAGAGACAAUCGACGUGACUACCGCGACUGACUGUCUUCUGUAGCAUGAAAAUAGUUUAAAUGGUAUGAUUAUGAGAAGAUUUUUCUUAUAUAUUUUUUCUGUGAGAUAUUCGUCAUAAGUAAUUUAGUUUACUUUAGUAGGACCAUUGAGCACGAAUAUCUGUUUAAGAUUUAAUGCAGAUGGAUGGUGAAGUAUAGGAUACAAUUUUGAAGGAACUAUUGUAUUGUUGAAUAAUAUGAAAUUAUGUGAUGCAUAACCGAUGUUAGCCAAUAAAAGCCACUCCGUCAUGCAUAAUUAUUUGGCUGUGAGGGCUGGUCUGGAGUGGGGAUGACCUAAGCUGAUUAUUAUAUUUUCUUGCAUCACUGUAUUGAUUGCUCCAUCUUGUUUCCACAUCUGUUAUUGAUGUGGAAAGUUGAUCAUUGUUUCAUGUGAUAGGGAUUGGUUGCAUCAGCGUGAAGGUUACAUUCCCGGUGAAGGGGCAUAAUAGGAGAAUGGAAGAUUACAUGACAUAGGUAAUUCAUGCAUGUAAGAGGGCUUGAAGAACUCUUUGUUCUGGUGAUCUUUUUGUUCAAGAGUGCGUUAGAAAAUGAAAGCGUCACCUUUUCAGUAUGAACAAAGGGAGUGCAGUUGCUGAUCAUGCCGCUACAUAAGUAAGCAGCAAUAUUUUUAGCUGCGUUGCGCAUCUGGAAGAUUAUUGUGCAGGCUGGGAGUCGGUUGAUUGAAUCCUUGGGACUUUGUGUAAGGUUUGAAACUUUGUUUUCCCAGUGACUAGGUGUUUAUCAUGACUUUAUAGGGGUUUGUUUGUUGUGAAUCUCAAUCUAUUUGUAUGCGUUUCAGUAGACCUGAACGAUUUCUGUUGUUCUUGUUCAGUUUGCAGCAAAUGUUCAGUUUUGAGGUUUGGCUGUUACUUGUUUCAUGGCAUGCUUCUUGCUUUACUCGCUUGUUUCGUGGGACACAUGUUAGGAAGACUGGAAGAGAGAAGAGGGGGCACAUUGUUUCGGGAAAGAAGGCAGCAGCAAGCAGCUCUCAUGCGAGGCAGCAUUAUGCAGCUCAACAACAGCUUCGGAUACCAAAAUGCAGGUCGAGGUUUUGUCAAUGCAUUCACCAUUCUUGUUCACAUUGAUGAUUGAUCACGAUUAGGCCACGCUGAAUUCCUAUUCACGUCUAUUUCGUGCUAAUGGGUGACUUGAAAUUCCGUACCUUGUUUCCAUCACAAUCUAGCAGAAUAGAGUCGGAUUUUUGGAGCCAAGGUUUUCCCUGGCCGCCAUUGAUACCAACCUCUUGGCGGAGGCAGAUCCACCAUUUCCCCACUCUUUUUAUCUCUCGCUUUAGCGCAGCUCCUUUUCCUUUUUUAUCAGUCAAACUGUUGGUUCGGAGAAAUUGGGGAGACCACAAAUUUCAGGUCAAUCCACCGGUGGCGUAAAUUUCAGAAGCUCGGGCGGGAAAAUUUCGGCCGACUGUGGACCCCACUUUUAACUGAACAUACGCUGACCUGACUGUUACAUUUAGGGGUGGCUAUACGGUCCGGUUAAAUUGGACCAUCCGGUCACAGUUCGGUCUUUACGGGAAUAUAAGGAUCAAAGAUAGUAUUUUCGGGAAUAUAAGGACCAAAAAUUGAAUUGGAUACAGUCCGGUCUUGACCUGGUUCGAUUCCAAUUUGAUCUUGAUUUUAGAUUGAGCUUAUGGGGAUUGGAGUGUUGGGGUCUCUUAUCCGGUCUUUAUCCUGUUUUUUUACCUCAAAUCUAAGCCCAAAUACGAGAUUGGAUUGUUUGCUAUCUAUUCCAAGUACGGUCCUGAUCCGGGUUAUACGAUCCGAUCUCGGAUAAAACCAAACACUCCGAACCAAAUAGCCAGCCAUUUGUGAUUCGACGGACGAAAUAGUUCAAAUUAAAACAGUGAAAAGGACUUACUUGGCGAUGGUUAGAAAGUUCCGGGAUGAAAUAAGGAAUUCAUUAAGGG